AGGAAGCUGUGCACUGGCAAAGGCCCUUUCCUCGGUCUGGUAGAAAACUGGCAGCUUGAUGGGGAGAGUAAUGAUUACUAUUUUGUCCCACCCUCAUUCCUAGCAACUUGGCUUGCAGAGAGAUUGCUACAAAGGCGGUUGCGUUGCAGAGCUGGCUGCCGGCAUUUUGGGGGUGAACCUGUGGUGAUUUCCCCCCCUCCCCCCCGGGAAAUGGAGAACUGGGCCAGGGACCACGGCCCGGAAAUCUGUGCUCAGGUAGUCGCCCUGGCGGAGGAUUUUCUGCUGAGGCAGCGUGAAACGGAGAGAUGGGAUCCUCAGGUGGCAGCUGCAAGCCUUUCAGACCCGGAGCAGGCUCCCUCAGAUGCUGAACAGGAAUCAAGAUUUAAUCGGGAAGAAGAUGAGGACACCAUUUCACGGGGUGAUGGGCAGGUGAGUGAAAGAGAGGAGGCUCAUGUUCCUCUGGAAAGCUCUGAGCCUGAGGAACUGAAUGGGACAUCCUUAGGAGAAGAAACCUGGGCCAUUUCUCAAUUUGAUGAGAUGGGGGAGACAUCCACCAAUCACCAGGCAUCAGGCAGACAUGAAGGAAGCUACCAAAGAAACAGACUGGACAUUCCUGUUUUACCUUACAAAGUGGACAGCUGGGAGCGGAAGGAACCCAGAAUCAGGGCAAGAAUCUACAACUAUGGGGGACUGAAGAUGUGUAUGGACUGUGGGAAAACCUUCAAGCAGAGCUCAAGUCUAUACAGGCACCGGAGGCUCCACACAGGAGAGAAACCUUACAGCUGUCCAGAGUGUGGCAAAAGCUUCAGCCGGAAGUCUCACCUCAUUGCUCAUGAGAGGACUCACACAGGGGAGAAACCCUAUGACUGUACAGAGUGUGGAAAAAGCUUCAGCCGGAAGUCUCACCUUACCACACAUGAGAGAAUUCAUACAGGAGAGAAGCCCUAUAAAUGUGGGGAGUGUGGGAAAUGUUUCAGUCAGAGUUCAGCCCUUGUGGCACAUGAGAGAUCCCAUACUGGUGAGAAGCCAUUUAUAUGCCUGGACUGUGGGAAGAACUUCCAUCGACGGUCUGGUCUUUCAGCACAUGAGAGGACCCACACAGGAGAGAAACCAUAUAAAUGCACAGAGUGUGGGAAGAGUUUUAGUCAAAGCUCAGGACUUCUGGCCCAUGAGAGAACCCACACAGGGGAGAAACCAUACCGGUGCACAGAGUGCAGUAAAAGCUUCUGUGAACGCACAGCCCUUGUUAGACAUUUGAGAACCCACACAGGGGAGAAACCAUAUACAUGUGCGGAGUGUGGGAAGAGCUUCAGUCAGAGCUCAGGCCUUUUAGCGCAUGAACGGACUCACACUGGAGAGAAACCAUACAAAUGCUCAGACUGUGGGAAAAGCUUCGCCCACCGCUCUGACCUUCUGCGACAUCAGAGAAUCCUAAAACGGAGUUCUACAAGAGACAAACCAUAUCACUGCUUAAAGUGCGGCAAAAGCUUUGGCUGGAAGUCCUCACUCGUUACGCACAACAGGACCCACACUGGCGAAAAACCCUACAAGUGUUCUGACUGUGGGAAAAGCUUCAGCAUUAACUCUCAGCUUAUAAGGCACAAAAGGAUCCACACAGGUGAGAAGCCCUACCAUUGCACAGACUGUGGCCGAAGCUUCAAUCAGAUUGCAUCACUCAUUUCCCACAAGAGAACCCACACAGGAGAGAAGCCCUAUGAAUGCUCAGAGUGUGGAAAGUAUUUUGGCACAAGGACAACUCUCAUCAUGCACAGACGGGUGCACACAGGAGAGAAACCAUAUCACUGUGCAAACUGUGGGCAGAGUUUCAGUCAGAGGACACAUCUAGUCAUACAUGAGAGAACUCACACCGGGGAGAAACCAUACAAGUGCUCCCAGUGUGUGAAAAGCUUCACUUACAGUGCACACAUGAUAAUACACGAGAGGACACAUACUGGUGAGAAACCAUAUAAAUGCUCCGAGUGUGGGAAGUGCUUUAGUACAAACUGUAACCUCAUGAAGCACACGAGAGUCCACACAGGUGAGAAGCCGUAUAAAUGCUUGGAUUGUGGGAGGAGUUUCAGUGACAAAGCCUCCCUUAUUGUACAUGAAAGAACCCAUACUGGUGAGAAACCUUAUGAGUGCCAAGAGUGUGGGAAAAGCUUCACCUCAAGUUCCAACCUCAUAACACACAAAAGGGUCCACACGGGUGAGAAACCUUACAAAUGCUCUGAGUGCGGGCAAAGCUUUGUUCACAGGCCACAGCUUGUCAUACAUAUCCGGACACACACUGGGGAGAAGCCAUACGAAUGUCUAGAGUGUGGCAAAAGCUUCAAUCAGAAAGCUGAUCUCAUUAUUCAUGGGAGGACCCAUACAGGAGAAAAGCCAUAUGAAUGUGCCGAGUGUGGGAAGAGCUUCAUUUCCAGCUCGUAUCUUAGGAAACAUGAAAGGCUGCACAUGGGAAAGAAAACUCAAGCUGGGGAAGAAUCCCACAAAUGUACGUACUGCUGGAAAAGCUUCAUCAGCCGAUCCAAACUUCUCAUCCACGAGCGAACACACACAGGAGAGAAGCCGUUUGAGUGUGGUGAGUGCAGGAAAAGCUUCAGCACAAGUUCCAACCUUGUCAAUCACAAAAGGGUGCAUACAGGAGAGAAACCCUACCAGUGUUUAGACUGUGGACAGAAGUUCAGCACUAACUCGAACCUCGUCAAUCAUAGGAGGGUGCACACAGGAGAGAAACCGUACGAAUGCUCUGAUUGUGGUCAAAGCUUUGGUCAUAAAGCGUCUCUUAGAAGGCACAAGAGAAUUCAUACAAGAGAGACAGCCACUUGAGUGCUUGCUCUGGAAAAGGUGUUCAUUCUAAUUCUCAUCAUAAAUCAGAGGCAUACAGUCUUCAGUUUGAGGCUGCCUGAUACAGCUCCAGAUGUCUCUUUUAUGGAAGAACAAAAUACAGACCAGGAUUGGGACAGAGACCCUUAUAUGUUUUAUUCACAGGACUUCAUUAGAAGAACAAAAGUGAUGCUGUUUCUUAAAAAGCACAUGUAUCCCAGAAUUUCACAAAAAUGAGUUAUUUUUCCCAAAUUAGACAUCAGUUUGCUCAUGAGUCAUAAAACGUUUACUGAUCUGUAGAUUGUAAAAUGUACAAACUUGCAAGAUUUCAUGCAGAUCCAGAUUCCUGCAUUCAGGAUUCCUACUGAGUAGCACGUUCUCCCUGACCUGUCAUGGGCUACCUGUUAUAUUGAGCAAAGGGGUCAUACUGGCAACAGGUCAUUGAUCAAUAUAUGAUGGGGUGGCUUCCAUCUUGUGGGACUGGCUGGGGUUUUUUUCCCAUAGAAUCUCAUGGCCUGUUAGUGUAUGCUCAGUAUACAAAGAGGAGAUUUCAUACUCAGGAUUUCUUAACAAUUAAGGCAGAAUAGAUCUCGGGAUUGCAUCACCAAAAUAAUUUACUUGACUGUAUAGCACCCUUCUUUAAAUAUUACACUAUAUGCUGUCAUAUCCAGAAUGAGUUCCAUGGUGCUGUCCCACCCCACCCCUUUUUUCUCUCAUACUCUCAUACACCCCUCCCCAUGAUAUUUCACUCUCUGGCUGCAUGACCUUCAGCUGUCCUUAGCUCAGCUGGUCCCUGAAGCGAUUGUCCUUUCUUCCCUUGCUGCCUAUUAUGUUUGGAACCAACUCCUAACAUAUCCAUGUGACAUUCAUGUCUCUCUCUCUCUCUCUCUCUCUCUCUCUCUCUCUUUCAGUCUCCCCCCCAUUUCAAAUCCUUCUACAAAACCUACUGUACCCAUGAAGACUUUCACACAAACCCAAAUCUUUACUUUCAGCUGAUCCUGAGCCUGUGGAAUCAAAGAAAUACAGGUCCUUCUCAUUUACACUUGCCUCAGUCUACAGACCACCACAACCCUUCCUUUGCCAAAUUUUAGGGUGUAAGCAUCUUAGGGCAGGGACCCGUUGUUUCUCUACAGCAAUGUCCCCGACUUUUCAAGCCUCUGACCACCUGUGGAAUUUUGACACAAAGUGUUGGACACAACCACAAAAUGGUUGCUUCAGGAGGUUGGGCUGACCACAGAUUAGACAAAAUAAGGGUUUAAAAAUUUACUAGGAGAGAGCAAUUAAAACCAAUUUUGGGGUGUCCGCUGCCACUGAAACACCAUUAUUUUAAUCUGCACCACCAAUCCUUAAUAAUCAGUCAGAAGCCCCUCUGGACAUCAGCCCCACCAGGCCCCACACACUUUUUAAAAACACUUGGACUUGGUGGGCACUAAGGAAGGAGUCAGUGGGCACCACCUUCCUCCACACAGCAUUGAUAGUCCUAUCUAAAUAGUAAUAAUAGAUGGCGAUUGAUAAGUGAUCUUGAAUAUGUAUUUUAAGAACAUUAAAAAACCCUGACUGGGUUAGGCCAAGAUCUAUCUCAUCCAUCAAGAACUACAACACAAAACCAUACAAGACAGUCCUCUGGAAGCUACCAACAAGUCAUCCAUCUGUGAUUUACAGAACAUUUUCUGCCUACCCUCCUUAUAAAAUAAAGUACAACAGAAGCAUCAUCUAUACAUGCAGCCAGAUUUGGUGGUAGACUCCUGAGACGUUGGAAGGGGCUCUAUUCUGUCAGAAUGCAGAAGACGGAUACUUUUUUCAAGUACCCUUUUGUGGGAAAGAAACCCACCAGUGAAAAACUAGCACUUCACAGAGAAAGCCCAGAUUACACCCUGCAGAUACUCUCAUUUUAGCAUUCCUCACAAGAUGGUUGUGGGAAUAAACUGGAGAAAGCCUGCUUCCCUAAGAUAAGUUUUUAUCCCACAUUUUUUUUCUGUGGAGCUCUUCGUGACCUUCAUGGUUCUUCCAUCUCAAUUUUAUUCUCACAAUUAUUCUGUCAGGUCAGGUUGAGAGAGAUUAGCUCAAGGUCAUCCAGCAAGCUUCCAUGGCAGAGUGGGGAUUUGACCCACUACAUCUCCUUUCCUAAUUGGAUAGUCUAACUGCCUGGUCAUAUUGGCCCUUCUUCUCCCUGGAAAGCAGAGUAGACUGCACAGAAUGAUAGGGACCAAAGGCGGACUCCUCUGAUGGAGCCCCUGCCUCAUGAACAGAGGGUCCCUGGUUCAAACCCUAACAGGUGUUGAUAAUGAACAUGGAGAACCACUGCUGGUCAGAGGAACAAGCUUUGUGUUUUGUUUUGGGAGACACUGUAACUUAGACAUAGGUCCCUCCCUUCAUGUGCAGAAGAUCACAGAUUCAACCCUUGGCACUGGAAAAUACCAUUUUCAGCCUGAGACCAGCCCUUGCAGACAGUCCUAACAUAAAACGAGUCUGUGACUGUGUUUCAGGCAGCCUCAUAUGUUUCUCCCUCAAGAAAGGGAUGGAAAUAGUACACACUGGGCCUCCAUAUUUGCGUCCCUCAACCUGGAGUGUCUGUGUUACACUGGGCACCUCUUGGUGAGCAUGUGACCCCAAUCACCCUUGGAUCUGAAGGUUGGUAUCUACAGGCCAAAAUUACCAGACUGAAUUCUAAAGAUGAAGAUGGUCACGGCGUUCCCUCUUCAUGCCAUGUGGGUCUUCCCUUGCCUAGGUCAAGGGAAUAGUAGUGUGCACUUGAUCAUGUUAAUUUUAGUUUUGUCUUUUGUUAUCUGAGUUUGAUGGUUCAUUGGCUGUAUUUUACUUUAGGGUUGUGGAAUAAACUUCGUUGAGUUUCA